GAGAAUUGUGAGAAGACUAUUGUGUGAAAAAAUGAAAAGGGGGAGGGGCCUCUUAUAGUUUUUUUUGACCGUUAGAGUUCAAACAGUCAAGUGACCUUUGGGGGUGGGACAAAAUGCUCCUCUAGAGAUGCAUUUUGCUGAGACGUCCCCUGACUUUGCGCUGACAUAAACGUACUUUUAUGAAAAAUAACUUUUUCUGAUAAAUAAUUAAAAUUCAAUCCUCUAGAGAUGGAAAGUGUGCGUCUUGCGCUUAAAGUGAAGGCGGAGUUAUCCAAGUCUUUCUCUGUCAAUCUCGGUUUGGAUUCCCAGAAGACUGCCCAGUCUCAUGAUGUAUCACAAUUACGGUGGAUUGGUCCAGUUCCUGGGGAUAUUGCAGAAGUUGAGGCUUAUUGUAGAAUAUUUAGAGCAGCUGAAAGGCUCCAUACCGCUUUGAUGGAGACUCUAUGCAAUCCACUAACAGGUGAAUGUAGUGUUUCAUAUGAUUUCACACCAGAGGAAAAACCAGUGGCAGAGGAUAAGAUUGUGUCUGUGCUUGGUUGCAUGCUAUCUCUUUUGAACAAAGGAAGAGAAGAUGUUCUUUCUGGAAGAGUUUCAGUUAUGAAUACUUUUCGCAUGGCAGAUAUGCGUGUUAUGGAGGAUAAGCUUCCACCACUUGCUCUUUUCAGGAGUGAGAUGAAGAGGUGUUGUGAGAGCUUACAUGUCGCUCUUGAGAACUAUUUGACACCUGAUGAUUAUCGAAGUCUGAAUGUUUGGAGGAAGUUGCAAAGGUUGAAGAAUGCUUGUUACGAUUUGGGUUUUCCACGCAAGGAUAACCAUCCAUGCCAUACAUUGUUCGCCAACUGGCAAUCUGUUUGUUGGUCCACCUCUAAAGAAGAGGUAGAGUCAAAAGAUUGUGAAAUAGAAUUUUGGAGGGGUGGUCAAGUGACAGAGGAAGGUCUGAAGUGGUUGAUUGACAAAGGAUUUAAAACCAUUGUUGAUCUAAGAGCUGAGACUGUAAAGGACAACUUUUAUCAAUCAGCCUUGGAUGAUGCUAUUUUAUCUGGGAAAGUUGAAUUUGUAAAAAUUCCGGUGGAGGUUGGAACGGCACCUUCCAUGGAGCAGGUUGAGAAGUUUGCGUCUUUGGUUUCAGAUUGCAACAAAAAGCCAGUCUAUCUCCAUAGUAAGGAAGGAGUAUGGAGAACUUCUGCAAUGGUCUCCAGAUGGCAGCAGUACAUGACUCGCUUUGCAUCUGUUUCAAAUCAGUCAGCAAGUCCAAGUGAUGCAUUGUCACUGGACGCAAAUGGAUUGGGAACACUUCGGCCAUCUUCUAGUAAAGAAGAAAAGUUCAAGUUACAAGAGACAAAUAAGCUAUUGGAAGAAAGUUCAAUUUUGAUUUGUAGUUCUAAUGGGGAACAUCUAGAAGGAGCCUUCUCAGACAGCGAUAAAGAAGAUCACAGAAUUUGUGAGGCCAACAAUGACCCUAUUCCCAGCCAAGUUAUGACAUCUGGGGAAGCAGUUGAUAAUGAGAAUGGAUCAAAGAUUAACAUCUAUCAGAAUGCCAAUCCUCUACAGGCUCAGUUUCCUCCUUGCAAUGUUUUCUCUAGAAAAGAAAUGUCCAAGUUUCUAAGGAGUAAAAAGAUCUCUCCUCCAAUGCAUUUUAAUCGUCAGCUCAAAAGAUUGGAGAUCCAGCCUGUUUCAGGAGAGAUUUCUAUUGGAGGAACAUGGGGAAGUGAGGUGGUUCAUGCUAAUGCUAAAUCAGGGCUUGUAGAGACUGAAAGUUCAAACGGAGUAUUUAGUGCUAAAAAUCAAGCUCAAGAGAAUAAGAACCUUGCUGCUGCCAAUGAGAAACGCAUGAAUGGAACUAGUUAUGCUUCCAGUAGCCUAAAUGUGAAUGGAUUUGUUGAAGGUGAGAGAUAUUCCAUGACUGAAACCAAGGUCGCAACUUUAGACAGUAGUUCCGAUGGGCAUGUUACAUCUAACUCUUUGAGCAAGAUCCAGAAGAGCAAUGGAAAUGCCUCCUCCUAUUCAAGCGAUGAUGAAUUGGUGUCAAUUGAGGGAAAUAUGUGUGCUUCUGCAACUGGUGUUGUAAGAGUGCAGUCAAGAAAGAAAGCAGAGAUGUUUUUAGUGCGGACAGAUGGGUUCUCUUGUGCCAGGGAAAAGGUGACUGAAUCUUCCUUGGCCUUCACUCAUCCUAGCACCCAACAACAGAUGCUUAUGUGGAAGUCUACACCAAAGACUGUAUUACUGUUAAAGAAGCUGGGACCCGAACUGAUGAAAGAAGCUAAAGAGGUUGCUUCUUUCUUGUAUUAUCAAGAGAAAAUGAAUGUCCUUGUUGAACCUGAGGUCCAUGACAUAUUUGCUAGAAUCCCUGGGUUUGGAUUUGUUCAAACCUUUUACACUCAAGAUACCAGUGAUCUCCAUGAGAGGGUUGAUUUUGUGGCAUGCUUGGGUGGCGAUGGGGUUAUAUUGCAUGCAUCAAAUUUAUUUAGAGGUGCUGUACCACCUGUUGUAUCAUUUAAUCUUGGAUCUCUUGGAUUCCUCACUUCCCACACUUUUGAAGACUACAGGCAAGACUUGAAACAGGUUAUCCAUGGUAAUAACACAGCAGAAGGUGUUUACAUAACUCUUAGAAUGCGCCUACGGUGUGAGAUUUUUCGAAAUGGUAAAGCAGUUCCAGGGAAAAUAUUUGAUGUCCUAAAUGAGGUCGUUGUUGAUCGGGGUUCUAAUCCAUACCUUUCUAAGAUUGAAUGUUAUGAACAUGACCGACUAAUAACGAAGGUGCAAGGUGAUGGAGUCAUAGUAGCUACUCCUACAGGGAGUACUGCUUAUUCUACAGCUGCUGGAGGUUCCAUGGUUCAUCCAAAUGUUCCUUGCAUGCUUUUCACUCCUAUCUGCCCACAUUCCCUCUCAUUUAGACCUGUUAUACUUCCAGAUUCUGCAAGGCUUGAAUUGAAGAUACCUGAUGACGCUAGGAGUAAUGCUUGGGUUUCUUUUGAUGGGAAAAGAAGGCAGCAACUCUCACGAGGACAUUCUGUCAGAAUAUCCAUGAGCCAGCACCCCCUUCCAACUGUCAAUAAAUGCGAUCAAACUGGUGAUUGGUUCCACAGUUUGAUUCGUUGCCUCAACUGGAACGAGCGAAUGGAUCAAAAAGCCCUGUAAGGUCCUCAGACAUGGGAAAGAUCUCAUAUUGGCUAUAUAGGGUUAAUGUAGAUUUUAGUACUUGAAUUCGGCAUGUAAAUCGAUCAUCCAACUCCCCUUUUUAGGAAACCCAUUGCUCCUUCAAUCGGUUGCUUCUCCUCCUCAGCUCUAGACUUUGCUAUUACCAAGCAACCUCAACUCAAUACAAAAUAAAUCUAAUGCUUUCUUCAACUCCAUCUUUUAGCAGCUCUCUCCUAUUUCUUUGUUUGUAAUUCCAUGCUUGACAGCCUAAGAAUUGGAAAGGGGAAAGCUUUUGACGAACAGGAAAAUUUUGGGUAAAAUUUUUGCUUUGAUUUAAGGGCUUUUGCUUUGAAUGAUUUUGGGUAAAA